GGCCCCAUAAAAGGGUGUCUGGUUAGGACAGGAGGAAUUGGGGAGAAGGCUGUGAAGGGCUUGCAGCACCAUGAAGAGCUUCCCCACAGCUCCCCCUGUCCUACUUUUCAUCCUGACUGUCGGUCUUGCAGCUGCCCCACGUGGCAGUGAUGUGGCCAAAUACUGCUGCUUACGAUUCAUCCAAAAGACCUUGCCCUGGAACUUGGUGCAAAGCUAUGAAUUCACUAGGAACAGCUGCUCCCAGCAGGCUGUGAUAUUCACUACCAAAAAAGGCCAGAAAGUCUGUGCACAACCAAAGGAAAAAUGGGUACGAAGAUAUAUUUCGUUACUGAAAGCUCAACAGAAUUCGACGCAGCUGAACUUUCAGCCCAAGGACACCUGAACUCUUUCUUGACCCUGCUGUCCUGGGCAGAGCCUGGAUAAUUCCUUCAAAAGAAGGCUCCGUGGCUCCGUGGGGGGGGCGGGGGGGGGUAUUUUCUACCAGAGUUUUCUUUGAUGAAGGUUUUUUGUAAAGAUUUG